AUGUUAUUCAGAUAUCUUCUCGCGUUGGGUAUCCAACUAUGCUGGGUUGCUCUCGGGUCUGCCCAAGACGCGACAAUUACGGUUCCAUGGGUCACAAAUGCACCUGAUUACUUCCAGGGCUAUGGAGGCAAGGCCAUAGGUGCCAAAGAUGCAACCACAACCUACGGCAUCAACUGUCUCUCGGACCAAACAGCCUGCCACAGAUUCACUCCAGAUCUGACCGUUAUCUACGGACCAAGCACAUAUGACAUGAUUGCCAACGGCUACAAAUUUGACUUCACUUCAGGUUGCACGCUCAUGGGUUCUCCAACACCCACCGGCGCAUCUUGCACAGAAACAAAGUCCUCACAUCUAAUGAGUGCUAUCACCUCGGCUACAGUGCUUGUUCCAGCCACAGGUGACGCUUCCACCCUGGGGAUUUUCCCGGCAACCUUGAUUGUGACAGAUACCGGAGACUUCCCCGCGCCUGCUACCGCAACCGAAACCAAAGCUUCUGCCGAUUCUCAUGUUUCAACUAAUGGCACAACCUUGACUGCGCCUGCGACCCCGACCACUGAUCCUGUUGGCUUAGGCUUGGUUGGAUUCCUGAAUUCGACCGCCAUGACAACUGAUGGCCCAACAUAUUUCGGCAAUGGAACUUCACCGGGUCACAAGAAUGGCACGACAGUGACGGUGACUGUUCUUGCUAGCUCUAUCCCGUGCCACUGUGAAUGUGACUGCGGACAGAAUCAGACCCCUAGGGCCACUGUCACUGUGCCAAUGGCGAUGAAAAACCACGGAGUCAAGACGGCUGCGCCUGUGGCAUUGAUGUGUGGAAUGGUGGCUGGCGUCAUGUUCUGGGGUUGA